UUGUCUUUAACUUCUGUUUCUUUCACAGGUAUAACAUGCCUGAUAAACACAGUCCCUGUUCCUUCCUCUGCCCUGCCUCUCAGGAAGGAGAGUUUACCACAGACAUGCUCCAUUAGCCACAUUGAUCUGUGUCACUAUGGAGACCGCCACAGGAACUAAGGUUGUUGGUGUAAUAGGCGGUCCACAGCAAGACUCCAUUUCCCAUGACACCCCUCAACCUCAGUCACCCCCUUCUGUGAAAAUACGGAAGUCGACUUUCAAGUUUUUUGGAGGUCGGAAGAGCAUCUGUGUUCUGCCCAACUUUUUCAGUGGUCGUGGCAGAAGUCAAAGAAAGGGGUCAUCAAAAACAGGUGUAACAAAGAGCCAAACAUAUGAUGGGGUGAGUAGAGGAUGCUGGGAAGAUUUGGGCAAAAGUAGCGGUGAAGUGGCCUCCGGAGACUUUGAGAUCUGCACCUCCAGUGAACCUCAGAAAUCAUCACAGGAGGACCAUGGGAAAUCUCAGUCUCUACCACGGCAGCGCAGAGGUCUUCGGAGUCUUUUCAGCAGCAUUCGGAGACACAGGAAAAACAAAAAUGUCGAGCUAGAAAAGCAUGAGGCACUUGAAAUGUCUUCAAGCUUCCAUGCCGAAACAGUGCCUGGUGCCAUGUCAAGCCUCAGUGACCGUAGCGAUAACCAUGGAGACAGUCAGGGUGAAGAGUUGGUGCCAGAUGUGCCUAAUCAAACCGCAGGCAGUGAGUGUAAACUGCCAUUGGCUGCCACUGAAUGUACGAAAGAUGUAACGCUAGUGCCUGAGAAACGGAAGUGCAAAGUAGAGCUGGAUAAGAGGAAGAGAGCAGAAGAAGAGGAGAAGGGGGAGGAGAAGCAAAAUGGGAGACAGGAAGGACUGACAACAUAUCAAAAACCCUUAGGUGCUGAGUCAGAACUGGACCGAUUGGCUGAGCAGAAUGUGAACGUUCCUGAUGGGGAGCCUCCUGCUGCAUCCUGUUCUUCUGAAAACUUAAUCUUUGGUGAUGUUUCAUCAUUGAAGAGCUUUGAUUCACUGACAGGUUGUGGAGACAUCAUUGCAGACCAGGAUGACGUCAGCGUCGCUGAGAGCUCUGUGUCUGCCGAGAGAGGCAGCCGAAACGCAGGAAAACGGAGCUCGUGUUUUGUCACAUAUCAAGGUGGAGGGGAAGAGAUGGCAACUCCAGAUGAGACCGAUGCAGAUUACUUGCAGAGCUUAUGGGAAUCUGAAACUAGUAAUGAAGUCUGCUACAUCCCCUCAGACAGGGGCUCGGAGAGCCCUUCACUCACCCCUGAUCAGCAAAUGAGCUCCAUCCGUGCCACCUCCAACAGCAGCCCACUGGGAUGCACAGAAACGGCCCUCACUUCUGCUGACCUCUUGAGCCCACAGAGUGAUCGGCAGGAGUCGGCACCCAACAGUGAUGAGGGAUACUAUGACUCCGCCACGCCAGGAAUGGAGGAGGAGAGUAGAGAACGUCCACACCAGGAAAGGCUUCCACGGGACAGCUACAGUGGUGAUGCCCUUUAUGAACUUUUUGAGCCUGAUGAUCGCCUGAUCAGCCCUGCUCUUCCUCCGAAGGAUGCCCACUUGCAGGGCGACAAGAAUACAACAAACCCUCUGUAUGCCCUGGCAUCAACUGGUCUUGAGACCAGAACCAUGGAGACGGAGGAGGAGCGUCUGAGCAAGAUCCAGCAUGCUCUUCUGUGCUGCGAGUUUCAGAAUCUCAGAAGCCCAUCCAAAGAUCAGCUUCUGUUCCAUGACGACUGCUUCUACGAUGAUUCAAGCCUGCCUGCAGUUGACACUGGUCAGACAGGUUUGAGAGAAGUUACCAAUCAGCACUAUCCCCAAUCACCACCGAGAUCCCAGACUGUAAUAGAGCCAGUCCCUCUCAACAGGGGCCAGAUUCAGGAGAGUCCAUUGUUUGCACCUCGUGCCGAUUCGGGGUUUAGUUCACAUGUCACCGACACAACCAGACCGCAGCCUCAAUCUGAGGAUCAAAGCCCUUUACUACCCACCAGAGGCUGCCGCCAAUCCCAAGAAGAGCUGAUGGUCUGUUUCUCCCAAGCGCUGGUAGAUUUCACAAAGAACACACGGCAUUAUCGCAACUCAACUGAGAGUCUUGAUGGCUCAGAGUCAAGUUCUCCUUAUGGCCCGAGUCUGAGUGCCCUGCCUGCCAUUGUCACAUUUGAUGUGGUGGACAUGGAAAAUGAGGGUGAGUGUGAGCAGCAGACCGAGCUUGUUGAGGAAGAGGAAGAGUUGGCUUCUCCUUACGAACCCUUCGAGGAUGAUGGCUGUUACCUUCAGCAAGAUGCCUUUGCCGAGUGUGACCAGCGUACUUUCGAUGCCUAUGAACAAAGUCUGUUUCUCAGUAACACUUGGGGCAUCGCAAGCCUUCCUCGCCACCUCAGUUUGGGUCGACCUUGUCCGCCAGUCCCUGCUCCAUUAUCACUAAAUCGACGCAGUCGCUCUCUUGACACUGACUGUCUGGAGUUUAAGACAAGUGAGCUUUACACAAGCGUAACCAACUAUGACUCAAAGGGGGCUGUGUUUUCACAGUGUAGGACUACUGAUUGUAGUGAAAUGCCGUUACCGCGACAACCCUGCAGGGUUACUGUUGAUAGUUGGAGGCGGGGCCAUGGCCGGGGUUUUGACUCCAACUCUUCUCAGCAAGAAACAAAGUUGCCACAUGUGAGCCAAUCCACUGUAAGACCUUCACAUCUCCCCCUAAAGAACAACUGCCAUAAUCCUAACCUCCCUGGUGCCACUAGAGCGGAUGGUGAGAGGGAGAUAUUGUUUGGUGGAGGUGAUGCGCUUUAUCCCUGCAGUUAUCCCCCAACAGGCACGCAGUGGAAGAAUCGACCUGUCGGAGUCACUCAAGGUGUGCCUCAUCUUCGCUCUGAGCAAUCCGCAGACCGUCGAGAAAUUACCAUGAAGAACAGGAGGGGAGAACUUGAGGGUGGCUUCACCCCUGCAACACCCAAAUUAUAAACAAUCUCUCUCAAUCAAAAUAAAACAAUAAUACAAAUAGACAAGUCUCGUCACCAAAGACGAUGCUGGAUGUUUACUGACAUUCUGACACACACACAGACACACAGACACACACACACACACACACACACACACACACACACACAGUAGUUGCUGUUACUGCCGGAUAAGCUAUAGUUUUCUUUUGUCAUGUACUGUGUAGUUUUUGAGCUAUUUCUAGUUUGAGUAUUUGUACCUUGUGUGUUACAGCAUUACUUAGCAGGUGCUAUCUAUAUAUAGAUGCCAUAUUGCUUUGCAUUUAUGUAGCCAGGUAUUGCCAUUGAAUUUAUCCAUUUUGUUUGGAUGUUUUGGAUAUGCUAUAAUUAUAUUUGCAAAAAAAAGACAACAAUGCUACAAAUGACUUAUUUUAGCAUAAGAAUGAAAACCUUCAUUAGCACAUUGAAACCAAUAUCAUCUUAGAAUCCUGUUUAAAUAUCAAACUUAGUUUGAAUUGAUGAACAAAUAAUUUUAAUACAACGCUUUUUUUUAAUUAAAAAAAUGCUAUAUGUUUCAAGGUUUUAGUGUUUACAUCUUGGAACAUUUUAAAUAUCUUAGUUAGCUUACCUCACAUUUAUUUUCUAAUUUUAUAUGGUCAUGUUUGUUUUUGGCAUAGCACAGACCACAUUCAUAGGACUGUUAAAUCACAUCUGCCGUAUUCAGUGGCAUUUUGGCCAACACCCCUGUUACACUUCUGUACACUCUAUUUACUGAAGACUCAAGGAUAUGUGUGUAGAAUCUGGUUUAUUUCCUUUUUUGCUGCUAAACAAACAGUAUGUGAUUAGUUGGGAGAACAUAAUGUACUGUAUUCACUGUAUGGAUAUUUGCAUAUUUGAGUAUUCUCUGCAUUCAUGAGAAUCAGAUCUGGCCCAAAGUCUUCAGUAAAUGUGAUCUAUGUAGGCUAGUUGUUAAUCAAAGGGUACUAUCUUCAGUCAUUUGAGACAGAAUGUCAGUAAAGCCUUUAAUGACGUUAUGUGAUUGUUCUCUGCUGUUGUGCUACAGUCACAAUCAUCUACCCUCAUCAGAAUGCCAAAGUCAGCUUAAUGGACUUACCAUUUUUAGCCAGAGCUUAUAUUCAGCUUUUAAGAAUGAACCAACCUUUGUGUAACCUUUGGAAUCUAGUGCUGUUUUAUAAUGCUUUGUUAUUUUUUUUUUUGCAAAGAACCCCCACCCCCCUUACUCGCAUUAGUGAAAUUAGAAAACCAAAAGCAUUUUAUGUGUGCGUUUUGUUUAAUACACAAGGAUGUACAUAGACAAAGAAUGUUAGAACAUCUCAGUACAACUUAACUUUCAUUAGCCUCAAUGUUAUCAUUGUCAAAUAGGUUUAAAAACAUAUCAACCCCAUCGUACCCCUGACACAAUCUCUUUCCACACAGGAAUCAACAUUGACUGGAAAUAAACCCUUGAGACUUCA